AUGAACUCAAGUGUUCCCCCGUGGCGCGCGACCGCUGCUGCACCCUCCUCGACUCCUACCGCUUAUCAUUCUUCUGCAACUCCUGCAUACAUACCGGUUCAAGCACGUCGUAGCCUCGCUCCAAACAAGACUGCAUCAACGCCAUCCACCGGUAAUCACGCCGUACCAACAACCAUGCCUACAGCGGCAGAACCGGCGCGGCCCCGAAUCGAAUUUCCCCCGGCCGUGCGCCAUUACGUGCAACGCUGCUUUGCCCCCGAAAAUCAGAUCUCCAGCGUCAGCCAUGCCGAAAUUCAAGAGAAAUUGCGUCAGGUCAUCACGGAAGCGGCUGAUCGCAACAAGCUUCAUAUAAUCGACUGGGAGCGCACAGCGCUGCCCCAGGUCAUGAUUCAAAAUGACCGUAACAGAGUGUUGGCCAACCCGGCUGUUUCGACUUGGGCAAGCGCCAGCCCACUUACCUCCUCCAAUGACCCCAAUCGCAAGAGAAAACCGACCGACUUCAGUCAGCAGCAGCGCGGAGACGACUCGCCACCUUGGAAAAAAACUAACCAUCACAACCGAUCUGAAGACCGAACUACUCACCCAUCCACAGAGAAGAAAUCACGAAUGACGCUGGAUGAUUCUAGUAAGUCAAGAGCUAAUUUGGAGAUGAGGCGCAGACGCUUUGAAGGCGCUGGCGUCAAUUACGGCCCCUCUGGUACUUCGUCCCCAGUGGAUCCGCCUCUAUCGCGCAGUGCCGGUCAAAAUCAGGGACCCGUGGUUGGACGCUGUCAGACUCUGGAGAAGAAUUACUUCCGCCUGACUUCGGCACCCAAUCCGGAUACUGUCCGCCCGUUACCUGUGCUUCAAAAGGCCUUGGAUCUAUUGAAGAAGAAGUGGAAGCAAGAGGCCAACUACACCUAUAUUUGCGAUCAAUUCAAGUCCCUCCGCCAGGAUCUGACGGUGCAGCAUAUCCGUAACGAAUUCACGGUCCUUGUGUACGAGAUUCACGCUCGAAUUGCCUUGGAGAAGGGGGAUCUCGGUGAGUAUAAUCAGUGUCAGACCCAGCUUCGAGUUCUAUAUGAGCAGAAGCUCGGUGGACAUCCGACGGAGUUCAAGGCCUAUCGUAUUCUCUAUUUCAUCUACACUCGGAAUUGGACCGCCAUGAACGAUGCACUAGCCGAUGUGAGCGCAGAUGACAAGAAGUCGAGCGCUGUGAAGCACGCCCUUGAUGUUCGCUCCGCGCUUGCCCUCGGCAAUUAUCACCGCUUCUUCCAGCUUUACUUGGAUACCCCGAACAUGGGCGCAUAUCUUAUGGACAUGUUUGUUGAUCGAGAGCGGUUGACUGCUUUGUCUUCAAUCUGUAGAGCGUACAAACCGGAUGUCAAGCUCCGUUUCAUCACCGAAGAGCUUGGCUUUGAGUCGGAUGAGCAGGCUGCACGCUUUGUUCUGGAUCACUCAUCUGCAGAGGUUUUCCAGGAGAAGGAGGGGACCGUGAGGCUGUUGACUAGCAAAGCUGGCCCCAUGUUCGAGGCCGCUAAAGCUGAGGCCCAUCGCGUUGUUGACAUCAAAGGUCAGAUCUAG